AUCAAAGCCGUAGUGUUGUUGUUAUGGCUCGUGUCCUAAAUAUGUGCUAGGUCUUCGUAUGAAACCAGAGACGCAGGCCGUAACUGCAAUAACCUGACACUUCCAUUUGAAAUGGAGAGCAUUACGCAGUUGUUCAAUGACUUGUGUGAAGCACACUUGACAGGUUUGCCAUGGAAGGUCCACCUGGGCCGGCAGAAGAUCAGCAAGAGAAGGGCUAAGCAAAAUCUGAAAAGGAUUGCUUAUAAUGCCCUGUUCAUAAACCUUUUCCAAGACGAGGCUCGUAAGCUGCAAUCAAAUGUUUCGAGGCUUCCAGUGAAAAACAAAAUUUUGAUGCUGUCUUUCAACUUGAGAGUUGGUGGCCUAGGUGCUCAAGCGGACAGAUUGGAGAAUCUUGUGGAGGAACUGGAAACAGCUGAAUGCUUACCAUUUGCUGAAGUUAAUUCUGUCUUGGAUCUCUUAGUACAGCUUGCCGGAACAGGUCCCCCUCAGCUCGUGCCACAAAAAAAGGACUAUUUUCUGAACAACAAAUAUGUUGGGAGAAAUGUCAAAUAUCAGGGUUAUGAUUAUUAUGAUGUAAGUGUAUUUGAAGCUGAUAUACAAUCUCUAAUAACAAACGAAGAAUGUCAGUUCAAUGACACAAUCCAAAAGACACUUCAGAUAAUGGAGGCCGCACCUGGGACUGGACUCCCCGCCAUAGGGUUGUUCUCACAGAACUAUCCUGCUGGUGACAAGUUUGAGAAAGAAACACGGGUCUCGCUCUUUGGUGCUCUUGUCCAUAGCCGUACGUAUGAUAUGGACAUCAAGUUGGAUUUACCACCAGUGCCUGACAACGCAGAUUUGUCUGGACUUGCAAUUAAAGUUCCCCAAAGUAUAGACCAGUCAGAAGAUGAGGGAUUCCAGUCAGCGUCCAAUCUGACUCCUGAUUCUCAGUCAGAGCCGAGCAUGACCCCAGACAUAGACUUGUGGGAUGCAGUGCUUACAUACGGACCCAGCAAACGGAGAUGUUGGGAAAGAAUUGGAUACCCACCUGGUAAAAAAGAGGAACCAUAUCUUACUGAAGCUGGAAGAGAAGCUUUUGACAAAUUUUACAAACUUCGAGAAGGGGAGUUGCAACUGUUUAGUAAUACUGUACUUCAGCUUCCACAGCUUGUGCUAAUGAAAGAACCGGAACUGGUUAAGGAUGUCUUGAAUGUCCUCAUUGGUGUGGUAUCCACUACAUUUUCGCUCAACCAGGCUGCUCAGACCUUUGUGAUAAAGGAGGGGGUGUAUGUCUCUGGAACUUCGCCGGAGACAAUGCACAGCCUACUCUCAGAAGUCGCAGAGUAUGGAACCUAUUACACACGAUUAAGUCGUUUUUCUCUUCAGCCAGUUUUAGAUUCUUCAUACAGCAAAGGACUUGUGUUUCAGGCAUUCACAAGUGGGCUCAGAAAGUAUCUUCAAUAUUACCGAGCCUGUGUUUUGUCAACACCUCCUACUUUAAGUCUUCUAACCAUCAGCUUUCUCUUCAGGAAAUUAGGUCGCCAGUUGAGGUAUUUAGCUGAGUUGUGUGGCAUAGGAACAACAACGCUGGGGAUCAGUGGUGGAGCUGGUGCUUCAUUUCCUACGGGUGUUAAAUUGCUUUCAUAUCUGUACAAAGAGGCUCUCAACAACUGUAGCAAUGAGCAUUAUCCAGUUCUUCUGUCUUUGUUGAAGACAAGCUGUGAACCAUACACAAGAUUUAUCUAUGAUUGGGUAUACAGUGGUGUAUUCAGAGAUGUUUAUGGAGAAUUUAUGAUCCAGGUGAAUGAGGAUUAUCUUUGUUUCAGAGAUAAACAUUACUGGACUCAUGGUUAUGUUUUGAUUUCAAAAGAAGUAGAAGAUUGUGUCCCUGUAUUUCUUAAACAUAUUGCUAAUGAUGUAUACAUAUGCGGAAAAACCAUAAACUUGCUGAAAUUGUGCUGUCCUAGGCAUUAUAUAUGUUGGUCAGAUAUACCUGUUCCCCGGAUUUCAGUUAUUUUUUCACUUGAGGAGCUGAAAGAAAUAGAGAGAGAUUGUGCAGUGUAUGUAGGUCGAAUGGAAAGAAUUGCCCGAUACAGUUCCAUAAGCAAGGAGGAGAAGGAUUUGCGUAUGGAAAUAGCCAAACAAGAAUUAAUUGUUCAUGCUCGAGAAACUGCUAGCAAAGUACUAAAAGCCAUUAACGAUCGACAAAUAUCAGAACGAAUGGCUUUGGAUGCAAAGAAACGGGAACAGUUUCAGAAACUGAAAGAGCAAUUUGCAAAAGACCAAGAGCGUCGCCUUGCAAUAAAGCAAGAGGAGAUUGAUGAUGAUUUCAGCUACGCCCGAGAGCUCAGGGAGAGAGAAAAAAGACUGAAAGCUUUAGAAGAAGAACUGGAAAAAAAGGCAAGGCAGGAAUUAAUUGACCAUUAUAGCAAACUUUCUGAUGAUGCAGCCCGUAGGGAACAAAGAGCGUUAUGGAAAAUCCAGCGACACAAGUUGGAAACAGCUCGUCUUAAGUUUCUAUUAGAAGAUCAAAAACACAUCGAGGAAAUGCUUGAAAAACUUCCAGAUGGAAACUACAGGAGAAAAUUAGAUAUUAUUCCGUAUAAACAGUGCCAGUUGGCUUUAGAUAAAAACCCUGUUGUGAAAGAGCCACAUUCACAGGUGUCUUCUGUGAAGCCUCUGCAUUCUAAUGAGACAGUUGGCAGAAAAGAAUCUGAGCCUGGACUGGAAUAUGCUACUUGUGCUGACAAAGCACUGCCCAUGCCAGAACCGACAAAUAAUAACGCUGAUCAGUAUUUUCAGCCUAAAGCAGCAGGAUCUGAAAGCAGUCUCCAAAGUUCAGAGAAAGCAUGCAGUCCUCUAUACAGUGCUGAUUCCUUGCCUGAAUCCAAUGUGAAUAUAGAAGAUUUCUUAUCAAAGCCACAAGAUGAACAACCUGUUGCCAUUAGUGUACAAGGAUCUUUGCUAGAUGAAGCAUUCCGAAAUAUUAACUCAGAUCUUUCUGAGACUUCGCAAGUAAGGGAAAAUCAGCCUGUCUUGAGAGGAGCACUGGAAGGAGAGGACAGUGCACCAUUGCAUCAGCCAAAGGAGUAUGAUUUUAAUACAGUUCUCAGACCGUCUGCAGCUUGGCAGGGACACGUUAGAGUUGGAGAAAAUGUAUUUGAUAUGGAGUACAGAAGGCCUCGGUGGAAUGUUCAUGGACAUUCAUCUGAUGCCAACAUUAGAAUGGGAGAAUAUGUACCUCAUGUGGAUGCUUACCAGCCCCAUUCAAGUCCUUAUGGGCAUUCUUCAGAUUCCCAUAUAAAAAUCAGCAGCUAUACUUCUGAAGUUGAAUCUAGCCGACCCCGGUGGAAUAUUCAUGGGCAUGUUUCUGAAGCUCAUAUUAAAAUUGGGGAAUAUGCUUCAGAGGUAGAGCCCUCAAGGCCUAGGUGGAAUAUUCAUGGGCAUGCUUCAGAAGCCAAUAUUAAGAUUGGAGAGUACGUGUCAAAUGUAGCUCCUACAAGGCCUCGAUGGAACAUCCAUGGUCAUGCAUCUGAUGCCAAUAUCAAGAUUGGUGAAAACGUGUCAGAGGUGGUCUCAGCUAGGCCUCGUUGGAACAUCCAUGGGCAUGCUUCACAGUCACACAUCAAAAUUGGAGAACUGGUUUCAGAUACAGAGCCUUUGAAAUCUCGUUGGAGCCCGUUUGGUCACGCAUCCCAGUCAAGCAUCCAAAUAGGGAAGUGGGCCCCAUCUACAGAAAAUGAUCCAAUACCUCAUCGUAAAACCAUUUCAGGUCCUUCAUCUGACUCCACAGUUCAGACACUUCUGUACAGUGAAGAAUUAUCUCCUCCACAGUCGCAGUCAUCUGACAGUGUUACAGUCAUUCCUGAUGCUAAUAUUAAAGACGACAAAAAAGAAAAUACAAUGGAAGAGAAACAAGAAGGCAUUGCAAAUGUGGUCAACAAGGACCCUUCUCCAGAUUCCUCACAGAGCUUACAGCCAGAAGAACCUGAAAAAGCAAUUCCACAAGAUACUGUGCCUCAAGAAACUUUAUUUUCUGAAGCUAAUGCUCCCAAGACUAAGGAGGAGGAAGGGGAAGAGGAAGAUACAUGGAAGAAAGAACAAGCUUAUUUGAAAGCCUUAUCGGAUCAGUAUUGUAUUGAAAAAUAUCAAGAUAGUUAUGAUUUGAUGUCAGAACUACCAGUUUCUCAUCUCUUGCAUCAUGUGAUACCGAGAUCGUACACUUUUCCUGUGGAUCCUAUGGUACAGUCAGCAACAGAUGAAACAGCUGUACAGCUGAGUGAGCUCUUAUCUCUGCCAGUGCUGAUGAAACGUUCUAUUACUGCUCCACUUGUCUCUCAUGUUUCUCUUGUGAACAAAGCAAUAGUUGAUUACUACUUUGUGGAGCUGAAUGUAGAGAAGCAUUUUGAAGCACUGAGACACUUUUUGUUAAUGGAAGAUGGGGAGUUUGCUCAGUCACUCAGUGACCUGUUGUUUGAGAAGCUUGGAUCAGGACAAACACCGGGUGAAUUGCUGAAUCCACUGGUUCUUAAUUCUAUCCUAAAUAAAGCAUUACAGUACAGUCUUCAUGGUGACACCCAGCUUGCUUCCAAUCUUUCUUUUGCCCUCAAAUACCUUCCAGAAGUGUUCAAGCCCAAUGCGCCUGAUGCUCUGAGUUGCUUAGAGCUAAGGUACAAGGUUGACUGGCCUCUGAACAUUGUCAUUACUGAGAGCUGCAUGAAUAAAUACAACAAGAUCUUCUCCUUUUUGCUUCAGCUGAAGCACAUGGUGUGGACUCUCAAGGAUGUUUGGUUUCACUUAAAACGCACUGCUUUAGUGAGUCAUGCAUCAAAUUCUGUUCAGUUUCGACAGCUCCAGCUGUAUAAACACGAAAUGCAACAUUUUGUGAAAGUUAUUCAAGGUUACAUUGCUAAUCAAAUUCUUCAUGUUACCUGGUGUGAAUUUGGAAACAAACUGUCUUCUGUAGGCAACCUGGAAGAAAUUCACAGAACACACGCUGAAUACCUCAAUAAAGCAAUCUUCAGGGGUCUGUUGACAGAGAAGGCAGCCCCUGUGAUGAACAUUAUACAUAGCAUCUUCAGCCUCAUUUUGAAGUUCCGCAGCCAGCUGAUCUCUCAGUCGUGGAGCUUCGAUGCAGGGAAGCAAAUGGCUGUUCAUCCCAACUUUGGUCUGAUGCAGCAGUCAUACAAUACCUUCAAGUAUUACUCCCACUUCUUAUUCAAAGUGGUAACAAAGCUUGUAAAUAGAGGAUACCAACCGCAUUUGGAGGACUUUCUACUGCGAAUCAACUUUAAUAACUACUACAAGGAUAACUGAACUCUGUAGAGUAAGGAUCGCUGCUAGCAUGGUAAAACAGAAACAGAUAAACCUAUAUGCUUAUAAUUUAUAGAAGCUCAUGCAAAUGCCAUGCAAGAGGCAUUUUUCUUCAGUAAAAUAACCUGCCAUUUAAUAGCUUGAAGAGUAUAACCACCACAUACAGAGAAUGAUGCUUCUUAAAAUCCAGCACACCUACCAGUUUUUUGGUGUUGUCAUUAUUGCAAAGAUAGAAAAGCUGAGUGCCUGGCCUUGACAGGGAAGAGAGUGCAAAACUGUAUAUCUGUGAAUGUGUAAAUGUUGUACUUCCAGUGUUGUGAAUUUCCUCCAAUGUAAAUACAUGUAUGUGAAAUA